AUGGAUGAGCGUAAAAGACCUAGUCCAUAUGAUCAGGUUGAAUCCGCUCCUCCUCUGAAAAAGCACCAGUCUUCUGCCAAUGGCGCCUCCAAGGCUCAUAAAGAUGACGAUAUGCCUUGGAAGGAUGACCUCGAGAGGUUUCAGAAAGAUGCCAUCUACCGACAAAUGCAAGAGUAUAGAAGAGAAAAGAACACACUCGAGACACAACUGAAAGAGAUGCGAAAAAAGACAAGAUAUCACGACGAUCAUCUUCGAAUCAUUGAUUCUUGGUUUCAGCAAGUGGUUGACGAGAUCAAACUUGUUUCUAAAGGGAAUGAUGAAGAUGUAGACAUGGAGUCUGCGCCACUCCCCUCUUCACUGCUUUUCUCCGAUCUUGAACACUUUGAAGAACAUCUGCGCAGCCGCUCACGGGAAAUCAAGACUGUUAUAUCGCGUUUAUUCGCGCCUUCUCGCUCCUAUACGUCGGAUGUCACAGAGCUUCAAUCCAAAGUGUCUCGGUUGUUGGCCGAGGAGAAAAGUCACGUGGCCGACUUGUCCAGGUUACAUGCUGAAAAAGAGGAUCUCGAGAAUCGACUAGAAAAUGCAUCCUUGCGAUACAUGAUGGCAGAGAAGAAAAUCGACAGGGCCAAGAGCGUCACGGUAGCUAAACUCGAAAAGCAGGCUUUACUGGGUGCUACAAAAACGUCAACAGAAGAAAGCGGUCAGGUCAAGCGUGAAGAUAGCGCGGCCAAUGGAACCAGCGACAAUUCGGAAGAGCUCGCCGAGUUAGAGAAGGAAAUGAACAAGACCGUAGCAGCUUCCGAGAAACAGAAGCAGCACCUUGACCGAUUGGAGGAGGAAAACGCCAAGCUUACUGCUCAAUUGACGGAGCUUUCGACCAAAUCAACGCUAUUAAGCGACGAAGAUUACGCCAAAACUGAAUUGUUCAAGCAACUCAAAUCUCAGCAUGAAGACGUGAUCAAAAAGAUCAAUAACCUCGAAGCCACAAAUGUGGAGCUGAGGGAGGAGGCACAGAAGCUACGAGCGGAACGAACGGUUUUCCAGACACAACUGGAAAACGAAUCUCGAAAUAUACUCGCCGAAAAGGAGUCACUUCUUACUACAACAGAAGCUACAUUGACGAGGAUCCGACACAACAGAGAUGAGCUUCUAGCAGACCAAGCGGUCAAGAAGGCCACUCUGGAUGAAUAUCAAGAGGCUAGGAGAAAGAUUGAGGAUCUCCUUUCGGCGCAACAAGAUCGCAUCCAGGCCUUUGAAUCCGAAAAUGAACGCUUGGCGGCGGCAUCUAGUGGCAUGGCAGUGGAUAAUACAGAAUUAGAGUCUCUAACUGUUGAAGAUCUGCGAGCAAAGUUCACCGAGCUGUCGAGGAGUAACGAUCUUCUAAAAGUUGAACUUGGGUCGAUGUCAACCGCCUUCACAAAAGCAUCGAAAAUUGCAAGUCAGAAAGUUUCAGAUUUUGCGAUUCUCGAAGAAAAAGUGGUGCGAUUGUCAGCGGAGAAAGCCAAAGCAGACCAAAAAUAUUUCGCGGCCAUGAAAAGCAAGGACACCCGGGAUGGUGAAAUCCGGACACUUCGAUUGCAAAAUUCCAAGUCUGGUGAGGCUGUUUCUAGCUUGAAAGAAGCAGAGGCAGCCAGUCGGGCACUUUUGACAACAUUGGAAAAGCAAUUGUCUGAAUUGAAAGAAGUAAUAGUAACUAAAACAAACGAACUUCGAACGGUGCAGCAGCAGAAUAUCACCCAAGGAAUGGAGGUGUCCCGACUUCAGGCCCAGGUGACUGAGUUGAAAGGUCUGCUGUCCACAAAAGACGCCAAGCUCGCCACAACCUUGAGUCUGGGUCGAGCAGCCGAAGUCGAAGUCGAAGAACUGAAAUCGUCUCUUAAGGAUACUCGAAGAAACUUGGAUUCCUGGAAAAACAAGAGUGGACAAUCUGAACAAUAUGAGAUGCUCCGCCAAGUUGCGUAUUGCAACAUUUGCAAGCGGGCGUUGAAGAAUACGGUCAUCAAAACCUGUGGACACACCUUCUGCAAUGACUGCGUCGAGGAGAGGCUGACGAGCCGGUCAAGAAAAUGUCCCAAUUGUGGAAAGAGUUUCGGAAGCAAUGAUCAUAUGCGAAUCACUCUUUGA